AUGCUGCUCACCCUGACUCCUACCUCCCAGAAUGGGAUCCAACGACCCUAUGAUCAUUCGCGAUUCCGACAAUAUAUCCCCACACUACGUUCUCCCUCACCGUCUACACCUGAGCAUCCCGCAUCUGCACCGCCAUCAAGGCCAGCGGACUCCUCGAUGGACUCCUCUCGCAGCAGCCUACCUCACCCUUCAUCCCUAACAUUGCCUCCGCCAGAUGUCGGCUUUUCGACCAUGCCUCCCAGCACGACGAACCAACAACUGCCACCCCCUCCUUCGCAGUGGCAGAGCUCUGAUGACGCUAUGCACCAUUGGCUCCGAGCCAAAGCCGAAGAGGACCGGAGAAAGCAAGAGGAGGAGAAGACGCGCCAGGAGACUUUGCGCCUGGAGCAGCGGAGGGUUGAACAGAGCAUGCUUCGCGAUUCCCUAAACGGCGGGAUUCCUCCUCAUAUAGUUCCGCUUAUCUUCUUCGGAAUCUGUCAGAACGGAUUGCCUCAGCCUGUCAUAGAAUUGGCGCAGCAAUAUCUGGCACAGGUUCCGGGUGCCCGCACGCCAAACCCUCCUAUUCCUCAAGUUCCAUCGCAUUCGCAUUCGCAUUCGCAUUCUCACUCCAAUUCCCACUCUCGGCGGCAGUCUAUGCAUACCCGCCGGGAUUCUCGCUCCGGUUCCCUCUCCAGUUCAUAUGCUCCUCAGUCAUCAGCUCAGCAUGCAGCAGCUCCCCCUCCCCCUCCUAACAUUCUUUUAUCUCAGAAUGCACCACCUAAUACGAGUGCCCCUCCUACCCCUCAGGCGCCUGGAGCGCGCUCGUUACCUACAGGACCCCCUGAUUCUCGCGGAGGGGUAAACCCAUGGAUUAACUACGGCAGCGGAGCGCAACCCCAGCCGGGCCAGAUAAAUUUGGGCAAUGUACAGUAUGCUCCUGGCUCGUCUGUUCCAGUUUCCCAGGUCCAACGGAGACCUAAUUCUCAGUCACGCCGGUCACCUCCGUCUCUUUACUUCCACCAUUGGGUUCCUCCAGCUCAGCCACAAUCCGGCGUAACGCCUGGGAAACCCCACCAGGAACUACCUACACUGCUUAAUAACUCUCGUCGUUCAGAACAUCAUGCUUCGCCAGGGCGAAAAAGAAAAGCCCCUGGUCCUCAUCAGCCCCCUCCAGUUCCGUCUUCUCGUCCAUCAGAGUCCCUCCCCGGCUUGUUCCAAACAUCACGACCGGGAUCUCCUCAGAAUGAUGGACAGCAAAUUAAAUCCUUUGCCCACCACCGUCAACUUAGUGCUACGUCAGUCGCUCAUUCAGGUCAUCAUUUAGAGGACAUUAAAGUGGAACAUACCGGGGAGGUGAGCCCAUCACAGAUUUCCACAGUUCUUCCCAGACAUGCUUCGACGGGCCACGAUUCAGCGGGCCAGAAGCGCAGCGAUGAUCCGUUACCUAUAUCUGAUUCUGACAAGAACUAUUCGCGAGUGUUUCAGGGUCCGGGUGCCUCUACCGCAGAGACUAGGCUCCACGACUCCUCCAUCGAGGGUAAUACCCAACAUUCUCCCGCGCAAGAAGCACCAUUGCCGCCUACUCAGCUCCGCGACGCCAGUAGAGAGUAA